AUGGUUUUGAAGGUUUCUCUCAUUGUGGUUCUCCUUGUGAUAUGUUCCUGUGUUGUGGAAGCCAUUUCGAGGAAUCUCGACCAUAAUCUCAACCAAAAUGGAUCUUCUCUGGCUGCCAUAAAGUUUCCUGAUCAUCCGAGUUUCACUGCUGUUUCUUCUUCCGGGGACACUGAUUGUAGUAGCCUCACAAGUUCUGAGCAACUUGGGCAUUCUGGACUUACCAUGACAUCAGGUGAAGAAACUGAGGAAGAGGGCGAGGCUUUUCCAGCACCAAAACCUCACAAGCAAUUGGUGAAACUCCACUUGAAACGCAGGUCAGGGAGUGAAGAUGCUGAGCCUAAAGAAUCUGUGGUUGAUUCCACCCUAAGGGAUUUGUCCAGAAUCCAGAACCUUCAUCGAAGGGUCACAGAGAAGAAGAAUCAGAACACCAUUUCAAGGCUGCAAAAGUCACAGGACCAACCAAAUCAGUCAUACAAGCCCGUGGUUGCUCCGGCGGUUUCUCCGGCAAGUGGGGUUUCCGGUCAGCUCGUGGCAACUUUGGAAUCUGGGGUGAGUCUUGGCUCUGGUGAGUACUUCAUGGAUGUGUUUGUGGGCACACCUCCUAAGCAUUUCUCUCUGAUACUUGAUACUGGUAGUGACCUUAAUUGGAUUCAAUGUGUUCCUUGCAAUGCAUGUUUUGAGCAGAGUGGGCCAUAUUAUGACCCCAAAGAUUCUAGUUCUUUUAGGAAUAUAAGCUGUCAUGAUCCCCGGUGCCAACUGGUUUCAUCCCCCGAUCCACCUAGGCCUUGCAAAGGUGAGAAUCAGAGUUGUCCCUACUUCUAUUGGUACGGGGAUGGUUCCAAUACAACUGGGGAUUUUGCGUUGGAAACCUUUACUGUUAAUCUCACCACUCCUUCUGGGGGGUCAGAGCUGAAGCAUGUGGAGAAUGUGAUGUUUGGAUGUGGUCAUUGGAAUAGGGGUCUCUUUCAUGGCGCUGCUGGUUUGCUAGGUUUGGGGAGAGGACCAUUGUCAUUUGCUUCUCAGAUGCAAUCUCUCUAUGGUCAUUCCUUUUCCUAUUGUCUUGUGGAUAGAAAUAGCAAUGCAAGUGUGAGUAGCAAAUUGAUUUUUGGUGAGGACAAGGAGCUGCUCAGCCACCCCAAUUUGAAUUUCACUUCUUUUGCUGGAGGGAAAGAGGAUUCACUUGACACAUUUUACUAUGUCCAGAUAAAGUCUGUUAUGGUCGAUGGUGAGGUGCUGAAGAUACCUGAGGAGACUUGGCAUUUGUCAGCAGAAGGUGCUGGUGGUACCAUAAUUGAUUCUGGCACCACAUUAACAUAUUUUGCUGAACCUGCUUAUGAGAUUAUCAGGGAGGCUUUUGUGAAGAAAAUUAAGGGCUAUACACUUGUUGAAGGCCUUCCUCCACUAAAGCCAUGUUACAAUGUAACGGGAAUUGACAAGAUGGAGCUACCUGACUUUGGAAUCUUAUUUGCUGAUGGAGCAGUGUGGAAUUUUCCGGUGGAUAAUUACUUUAUCCAGAUUGAUCCUGAUAUUGUUUGUCUGGCUAUUUUGGGAACUCCUCGAUCAACUCUUUCAAUAAUUGGAAACUAUCAGCAGCAGAAUUUCCACAUACUAUAUGAUAUGAAGAAAUCCAGACUUGGGUAUGCACCAAUGAAGUGUGCUGAUGUUUAA